CAGAAAAGGGGCGUGGUUUGCGCUCGAUUGAGAGAGCAGACGAGUCUCAACGAGGACAGACGGAACGCAGAGGAUUCGGUAACAUAUGCUCUUCUCGAUUCGGUUCUAACUACACGCCACUAUUACUGUUAUUUACGGGAUACUGUAAUACUACGGUACAUCAUCGCACUACAAUCCACACUAGCCAGCCAUGAAUUGUAUGGGUUUGGCGUUGAACGCCAGUGAAGUGCAUAAAUUAAAGGAUUAUUAUGUACAGAUCCUCGCUCCUUUCACUGACGUUUUCUCGGAAAUUCAUGCUUAUCUAUAUGUCUUUUUAUGUGUUGUCGGAGUAUUCGCCAAUAUCGCCAUCGUCGUUGUCCUUUUACGGCCAGCGAUGCGGCGGUCUCCGUUUAAUCUUUUCCUUAUAUGUAUCGCCAUCUGUGAUGCUACUUUAAUGGCUACUUAUCUUCUCUAUAAACAUGUGGAUCUCUGUCAUCCAUGGUUUUUCUCGUAUCCAUGGAUGAUCUAUACAAAAUUCUAUGCAAUGUUUUCUGUAUUUGUGCACAGUGCUAGUCUAUGGUUCACUGUUAAUAUGGCUGUGAUGAGGUAUCUGGUACUGUAUCGUGGAAGUCGUUCGCAUACUCGUCUACCUCAGUGCAAUACCUAUGCGGCAGCAUUUAUCGCAAUCGUCAUCGGCGCUAUCAUCGCUUUAAUUGGCAGUCUUCCAAAUAUGCUUCGAUAUAAUGUAGUUUUUCGAUCACAGAUGCAUGUUCCAAAAUACUGCUUGGCAACUAAAUAUCGUGCAUCGUGGAAUGAAGACAGCGUGAUAGAAGUUUACGACUUAAAACAACCAAGUUGGUAUAACUGCGCAUGGGAACGAGUAAACUUUUGGAUGGCUGCCUGCGUUUUAAAACUGAUUCCUUGUGUUCUGCUCACCGUAUUUAUGACUUUGCUAGUUCUAAUGCUUAUCGAAGCUCGAGAGAGACGAUCACGACUUUGUGGUGGCUUAGCUACUGGUAACUCACAGGCCGAAAGAACCACAGCAAUGCUUACCGGCAUCGUAGCUGUGUUCCUUAUUACCGAAUUGCCUCAGGGAAUACUUGGCUUAGCUGUCGGUGUUAAUCCUCGUUUGGUGUACAUCACAACUCCACUUGGAAAUUUCUUCGAUCUUUUAUCACUAAUUAAUAGUGCCGUGAACUUUGUAUUAUGUGCACUUAUGUCGCAUGUCUUCAGAAGGGAAUUCCUGCAUACAUUCAGUAUGUGUUGCCCACAAUCAAGUGAAAAUCACAGCGGUGCUCCAAUUACGAAGACGACAAAAAUUUCGCUCUUCACCACACUAUCAUCACCAUUCCGAAAAGUUAAAGGAUUUUUGCCUGUACCCACGUCGGAUCGUGAUGCACAAAAUAAUCGAGUAACUAGUAGUAACUAAUCAAUUAUCGAUUUUUCCCGGUGAAAUCUCUACUAUGC